AUGACCUCCUGCGCCGAAGGGCAACGGAAACACGGUCUGUCAGAGUUCAUUGAAGCGGCGAAGGCACAGCUUCUCAGUGGAGAACGACGCAUCUACGAAUACUUCCUUUGUAAAGUUGGAGUGGGUCACUCGGUUGUCAUGUCUGAUGAAAGAGAAGCCUCAGGCGAACGCACCACCCUUCCACCAGAAUACGAUAGCGCGUAUCUGCAAAACGGGGGUGCAGCACCAACAGAGACGCUCACAGUCUUUUUUGAUGAUCCGGAACAGUCGAAGGGGUUGUCCUGUAUCAGAAAGGCAGAAGCCAUCCGACAGGCAAACAGAGGGCUUUCCAUGGCUACGGCGGGAGUCCUACCUCGACACACAUUCCGUCAGGAGUACGUCGUUUACGAUUCAUCACAGGUGGUACCAAAUUAUUUGGUGCUCUUCGAAGUCGACCCCACAGAGCCUGAGCUGUUUGCUGUGCCGCUCUGCGACACCUGCCAAGACUUCCCAGCUGCAAUUUGGUGCCCUGCAGACAUGGCAAAGCUGUGCGAGGCGUGCGACGAACGCCUACACUCCUACAACAAGCUGGUGUCGAGGCACAUCCGGGUUCCACUAAAUGAGAUGCCCAAGCCUAGUGGACGCUGCAAACAACACGCAGGGGAAGAGUAUGAAACGUUUUGUACAAUGUGCCAUACCCCUGUGUGCCGUAUGUGCCGGCCAAACCACUUUCAUGCGGAUGCGACGGGGGCCGCGUCCAGCAGGAGUUCCGCCGGGGCUUGCACUUUAAUUCCACUCUCACUGGCGUACUCUGGGACUUUGGAAAGGGGCCGCCAGCCUCAUCUCAUAUUGGAGAAGCGCAGGACAGAGCUUACACAAAAGCUCGAGUCCCUUCAGAGCCUCAUCGAGUACUUCAUCGCGUGCACAGAGGAUAAAAUGGGCAUCGUCUUGUCUCAGCAGUUCGAGCUGCAGAGGCAGUUGGACAUGAUUGAGUGGAGCGAGAAUUUCCUGCGACUACAGCGAUCUGUCCUUCCCCCCGCGGACUACUUAGCUGCAUGGCUCAGACACUGCCGCUUACGAGAUGAAAUGGAGUCACUGGCGGGGGAUUUCUCCGAUUUGUCACAGAUGGUCCUCCCAAAUAUGAGGUUGGAAGGUACGGUUGAAUUCCUCACGGAUACAGCGCUGCAACACAGAGAACUGCAUCGCUUGCAAGGGAAGAAAAGCUAA